AUGAGUAAUGUACAACUGCUCAUAGCUGAAUUUACAAAUUUAUCUUCGGAAUCUAAGAAGAGAUUCGCAGAUGUGAGACAUGCAUCUGACACUUCCAUAAAAUUAUUAAAAUCAACUACACAAUUGAGUGAUCAAAAUAUACAACUACAGUUGACUAAUACCUUGAUUUUAGCAUGCGAAACUGGAAAUCUUAAAAUCAAUAGCAUUGCAAUUCCAAUUAUACAAAAACUACUAAACAAUCACUUCAUACCUGAUGAAAAACUCAACAUUUUGAUAAAAACACUAACAGAAUCGUCACAUUUGGCUGUUGAAAUACAAUUGAAAAUACUACAAUGUCUACCGUCUUUUAUGUUGGUAUAUAAGUCAAACAUGUCAGGAUCCACAUUGCUAGGUAUACUAAGUAUUUGUUCAAACUUAACUACAUCAAAUAAAUCACCUAUAGUCUCAAAUGCAGCUUCAGCUACAUUACAACAAUUAUUUACCAAUAUUUUUGAUAACAUUAACGACUCCCAGACAACUGGAGAUAGAAAUGUGAAAAUAGAUAACAAUCAAUCAUUGAAAGUCGAUACUUUAUCAUAUGAAGGUUAUUUAAUUUUUCAAGAUUUAAAUCAAAUUUUAAUUAAUAAGAAACCAGAAUAUUUUGGUAACUCAAUUCACCUAAAAAGUCAAGCAGCAUUAGAGAUAAUUGAAAGCAUAGUCAAUGGUCAUCAAAAUUUAUUCAGCAAUCAUAAAGAGUUGUCAUAUUUAUUAAGAAGUCAAACAGUUCCUGCAUUAUUAAAAAUUUUAAAUUCACCUACUAAACAUUAUCCUUUAAUUCUAAGAGCAUUAAGAAUUAUACAAAUAUUGCUAACUACACAACUCAAUAGCCUAGAAAUUGAAAUCGAAAUUAUCUUGUCCUAUUUAAAUCAUUUAUUAUUAGAUGAUGCAGAUUCAAAUGGAGAAGCAUUUACUCCAGAUUGGGAAAAAGUUUUAAUUCUAGAAAUGUAUAAUUAUUUAUUUUCAAAUUUCGAUUCUAUUAAAUCAAUUUAUGAAAAAUAUGAUCAUGAUAAACUGAAGAAGGAUGUUUUGAAGGAGUUAUUCACCGUUUUAAGUACGUUUUUUGCUAAUGAUAAUCAAUAUUUGAACGACAUUGUUAGGCCCUUUUCAAGACCAAGCAUAGAAACUAAUUCUAAUGGAAACCAGGGAUUGAACUCACAAAACUUCAUAUCUGUUGAAAAUUCAAGUCUUAAAACAAUGGUCAUUGAUCAUUUAGAUAAAAAUGAUCCAUCUAAUAAUAUACCUAACACAUAUUCAACCUAUUUAAUUCUUGAGAUUUUGAUUAAAUUUAGUGGGGGAGUGUCUAACUAUGUAUCUAAUUUGUCAAACAAUGGAAAUGAGAAGGAACUUGAAGCAAGUGUUGAUUUAAUUAAUGCGAUUAUGGGAUCAACAGCUUCUGAAGUUACAUCCUUAUAUGAAAGAUUCAUAUAUACAUCAUUAAAUGACUUACUUUUUCAAAAAGUUUUGAAGUCAUAUCAAAGUUUCACUCACGCAAUAGGAUUAUUAGGAUUGAAUUCUAUAAGGAAUAUUUUACUAUUGAAAUUGUCAAAUGCAAUUACAAAGAAUGUUAGUAAACAAGAAAUUAAAGACGACUCUGAAACUACUUCAAUUUAUGAGGAUCAAAAGAAACAGUUGAUGGCACUUGGUGGAUCUAUUGUUGAAUCCAUAAGUUCAACAAUUCAGGGAAACGACACAAAUGGUUAUUCGGUUUCUUUCAAGUCGAGAUAUUUUAAUUCACGUCAUGUUCUUUGUUUAAAAACAUUCUUAAAUUUAGCUGUGUCAUUAGGAUCUACACUUGGUGAAGCAUGGUCCAUUAUUUGGAUAACAUUACAAUGGGUUGCAUAUUACUUGAAUGGACUGGAUGAUUUUAGUGGUUCCAAAGAAUCUUCAGCAACUUCACCAUCUAUUUCAACAUUUACAAAUUAUUCGAAACCUCAAUUAACUCAAACUGAUUAUGGAAUAAUUGAUUUAGCAUAUAAACGGCUUUUCGAUAGUAUAAAUGAUAUUCCAGCUAAUUCUUUUAAAGAAGUUUUGGAGUGUUUAGGUGAAUUAUCAGAUGUUGCUUUCUCCAGUAAACUAGAAAAUGAAUUUAAAUUUGGAUUAGAGGAAUCACCAUAUAAUAAAACAUUUUAUUUAAAUAUGAUCUUUCAGAUUUGUGAUUUGAAUACCGAAAAAUUCUUGAUUAAAGAUGAUGAAGUUUGGGGUUCUUUUACUGAAUAUAUCACCAAGCUUGGAUCCAAGAGAGAUUUGAAUUUUAAUAUAAGAGUAUAUAUAGUUGAAUCUUUUACCAAAAUCAUAACUUCGAUGGCUUUUAAAGGUUUCAAUAAUGAUGAAUUGGUAUCACAAACAGCUGAUAAAACACUAGAUGGAUUAAAUUUAUAUUUGGAGAAAUUGUUCAAGCAAGGUAUCCCAAAGGAAUUGUUAGUGUUAAAUUGUGAAACGGAAAUUCAUUUGACUAUUUUAACAACAUUAUAUUUUCUCAUUGAAAAAUAUGAUUUACAUUAUCAAAAUUCAUGGGGUAAAGUAUUUCAAAUUUUAAAUACACCAUUUGAAGUUACAGGUACAGAUGAAACAAAUUUAAAAGAAAAAUUUCAAUCAAUGGUUGAAAAAUCGUUUGAAACUAUGAAAUUAAUACUUGAUGAAUUUUUAUUAUCAUUACCAUUUCAACAAUUGAAAAAAUUAAUUGAUACUUUAAUUAAUUUUGCAAAUCAAUCAUUUGAUCUAAAUAUUUCAUUUAGUGCAGUAAGUUAUUUUUGGUUAAUUAGUGACUCAUUAAAAUCAAGAUUAUCACAAUUUGAAAAUAACAAUAACACUAAUGAGUUAGUCUCAAAUAUUAACCUGGAAAAACAAUUGAUUAAUUACAUUGAUACAACAAAUGAAUCAUAUAAUGCAUAUAUCUGUCUUGAUUUAUAUUUAUUAUUUGGAUUAGCUAAAAUUUCAAAACAAGAAACAGAAAGAGCUCAAGUUCGUGAAGGUGCAAUUCAAACUUUUUUUCAAAUAAUUGAUGUUCAUGGUAUUAUAAUGGAAGAAAAUUGGGAUAUGAUUUAUUCAAUUGCAUUUCCUUGUCUUUUUGAAAUUAUACCUCCAAAAAAUAAUAAAGAAUGGAAUGAAACAAUAAGAUUAUUAUUAGAAGGAUUUGUUACUAUGUAUAGGAAAUUUUUCCUCAUUUCAAAUUCAAAAAUUAUAAAUUUAAUUGAUAAAUGGCAAAUGUUGUUAAAUUAUAUGAAUAAAUUAUUAGAUUUACAAGAAAUUGAAAUUAGUAUAUUUGUUUUUAAAUCUUUUCAAAAUUUAAUUGAAUCACCUUUUGAAAUUAAUAAUGAUGAAAUUCGAGAAAUGCUAUUCAACUUAUGGAGUAAUUAUUCAAUUGAAUAUAAUUUAAUAGAUAUUAAUUAUCAAGAGACUUUAGUUCAAUAUAUGAUAUGUUUCACAAAAUUAUAUCGAAUUAUUGAAAAAAAUUUAACAUUAAAUCAUGUGGAUAAAAUAGUUGAUGUAUUUAAUAAGUCAGCAAGGUAUCCUAUAUUAUCGAAGCAACAAACUGAUGAGAAUAAACCAAGUAAGUUACAGUCUACAAUCUUAUCAAAUAUUAAAGUAAUUAAUAAAGAUGAUAUUCAAGUUCAAGCAGUUAUUAUUCAAUUAUUAUCACAAAUGAUUAUAUAUCCUUAUGCAGUCAGACCAAGAAUAGAACAAAAGUUAAGUUCGAAAUUGCUAUCUAAAAAAAAUUAUAAAAUCCCUACAUUCAUAGCAAUAAGUUCAUUUGCAAUUGAAAUUAUGAAAGAAAAAUUUGAAAAAUUUGGUUAUAUAAAUUUAUUUACAAAUGAUCAAGAUAUAAAUAAAUGUAUUAAAUCAUUAUUAGAAUUAAUUGAAAAUAGAGCUGUAGGAGUGAAACAAGUUGAUAAAUUACCACUUUGGAUUCAAGCACAUAAUAUUUUACAAAGAAUUAUUGAAGAAUUAAUAUUACAAAAUGAAAUAAGUGAAGAUUUAUGGGAGUUGAUACUUAAAAAUUUAUCAUUAGCGUUUAAUAUGAAUAAUGAAAACGACAAAUGGAAUCAAUUGACUAUAGAUGAGGAGCAAGUUAAAAUCCAACAAUAUAAAGAAAUAAGUGAUAAAGUUAUACCUAAAUUAAUUGAAGAUAAGAAUGAAUUAAUAUGUGAUUUAAUCAAAAAUCUUUAUUUAAAUUCCUUUUUAUAUGAUUUAAAUGAGGAAGAGAAAAAAAUUAUCAAAUUUCAAGAUGAAAAUGAAGAACAAAUAAUUGAAUCAAUAAAUAAAUUGACAAUGUAUGAUUUUGAUGAAAAUUUUACAACAACUGAACCAAUCAAAUAUUUUAAAAAUGAAAAAAUUAGAUUUAAUUGUUUAAAAGAAUUAUUUAAUUUAUUGAAAAUAUUAAAUCAAAAACAUCAAAAUGAUAAAACAAUUAAUAAAUUUAAAUCACAAAUUGAAUUAUAUAUAAUUAAAAGAAUAAGUUUUACUCUCAGAAGAAUUAUAUCAGAUUUAAAAAUAUUAGGUAAAAAAAGACCAAUACCAAUAUUACAAAAUGAAGAAAUUAAUUAUAUUUUAAAUAAUUUAAUUGAAAUUAAAGAAAUAAUUCAAAAUUCAAAUGUGACUGAAAAUAAAAAUAUAUUAGAAUUUAAAAAAUUAAAUAAAUUAAUUAUUAAAUUAAUUCCUUAUAAUUAUAGAUUUCAAAAUAAUGAUUGGAUUAAAGUAUUAGAAGAUAAUAAAUGA